GUAGCUCGUAAAUAUUCAGUGAUGGCACCAGGUGGGAGAGUACGUCGUUCGCGCACUGGAUCUACCCCUUCUACUCGUGAAGUGACGGAGCUAGCAUCGCCGUCACAUGUUGCAUCGCAGGCGUCUGAUCCCUCGGUCGCGCAUACACCGGGCACUGCAUCGUCGUCGACCAGCCGACGAGGACGUGGACCCACGCGUGGGUUACUUUUAGAGCAACUUACGCAUGAGGGUAGGGUGACGGUAGAGUUCCCACAGGACUGCAUUAGACCUAUUGGGAACAAUGCCAUGUUGUUUACGUCGGAGGUCGGUGUCUUAUGCCCAUCUCUGAUCCCCCCAUCACUCCCCGUUGGGGAGAUGUGACAGAUGAUGUGCGGCA